AUGUACUUUGAUGAAGAACAAUUGCUAAAAUAUACUAUAUAUGCCUAUAGAUUAUCCUUUUUUGUAGGCAUUUGCUCACUUUUCAUAGCAAAAAGUUGUCUACCAGAAUUUCUUCAAUAUGGUAAAACCUACCGGCCCAAAGAGAAUUCAAAGUACUCAAGCAUUUUAGAACGAAUCAAGAAGUUCACAGUUCCAAAGGCGUAUUUUUCCCAUUUUUACUAUUUGGCUACCUUUCUAUCCUUAGUCACCUUAUAUUUCUAUCCUAAAUUCCCCAUCGUUUGGAUCAUAUUUGGACACUCAUUGCGCCGACUUUAUGAAACGCUUUAUGUACUACAUUAUACAAGCAAUUCUAGGAUGAAUUGGUCCCAUUAUCUAGUCGGUAUAUGGUUCUAUUCCGUACUCUUGUUAAUUCUUAAUAUAUCACUGUACAAGAACUCCAUUCCAAAUACGUUAAACAUGAAUGCUUUCAUCAUAUUCUGCAUAGCAUCUUGGGAUCAGUACAAAAAUCAUGUUAUUCUGGCCAAUCUGGUUAAAUAUUCGCUGCCAACAGGAAGGCUUUUCAGGUUGGUAUGCUGUCCUCAUUAUCUCGAUGAAAUAAUCAUUUAUUCUACUCUGUUGCCCUAUGAACAAGAAUUUUACCUAACACUAGUUUGGGUAAUCACAAGUUUGACUAUAUCCGCAUUGGAAACAAAAAAUUAUUACAGGCACAAAUUUAAAGACAAUCACGUAGCCCCCUACGCCAUAAUACCUUUUAUAAUCUAG